UGUCUCGGAGAAACAUUACUACGGAGCCCAUCCUGUCUAUUAUUCUCUCGAACAUAAGAAGAGAAUGUCGACAGAAUUUAACAUCUCAAGUGAUUUCUGCCCUACAGGAACAAGACAAGAAUGAAGCUGAAGCACUUGAGAGAGAGUUGCACUCUAAAGAUGAUGCUUCAAUCUCGUUACCUGCAAGAUAGGAAUGUAUUGUGUAAUACAUUGGCAUGAAAUUUUGUUUGUUCUUCUUGAAUGGCUAUGCGAUGUAUUGUGCUGUGUCACGGUCAGAAUUUACUUGGCACCAUAUUUAUGUAUGUAACAAAAAUCCUGUCUUGCAGGUAACAAAAUUCCUGUCUUGGGGUUAAUGAGAUGCACCACUCCUCAUCACUGGACAAAAAACAAAAGCCUUGGCUUCACCAAGAGUUGAACUUGAGACCUAGAAGUUAUAACUCCCAAGUCUUACCAUUAUAUUCAUGUGUUAUGGACUGUGCUCUAAUUAUCAUACAGUUUGGACUUUAGGCUGGCAGGUGUCAAUUGUGACUCAUGAGGUUGAGCCUAGGGCUAGUAUAGAUGAUUUGGUUUUUCAGAAAGCCAGUAAUCUAUAAGAUGAAGGAGGUUGGGUUUUCCCAUGAUAUUCCAACCACUUUGCAUAGAAGUAAAGCUGACUGCCCGGUCCCAGAGGAAAUGGUUACUGUCAGUGUUGAUGGUUCUGUGCUAGAUCGAAUUGCUAAAAUUAUGUCAUAUCUUCGCCUUGGAUCAUCUGGGAAGGUUCUCAAGAAAAAGAAGAAAGAAAGAGAAGUGAAAGGAAGGAUAGCAAUUAUUGGUAAUGAAUAUGUUGAAGAUGAGAGGGUGUCAAAGCCUGACGGUGAAAUUUUAAAGAAUACAACUUACAGAGAAAACCUACCUCCACCUCCCCCACCUCCGAAGCAGGGACAUCCUAAUUCAAAAGAGAACCAAGGCCCUGAAGUUUCUAGAGCUGAAGAUGACGACAUUUUUGUGGGGGAAAUUUUGUUACCUACACUUUAAAGAUGAUGCUUCAGUCUCGUUACCUGCAAGACAGGAAUGUCUUGUGUAAUACAUUGGCAUGAAAUUUUGUUUGUUCUUCUUGAAUGGCUAUGCGAUGUAUUGCGCUGUGUCACGGUCAGAAUUUACUUGGCACCAUAUUUAUGUAUUUUCUCUCGGAACAAAUACAUUUGAUUUUUUUUUUCUUUUUUGUAUUUGUGUUUGUAGUUGAAGGCCUAUUUUCCUGUUGCUACUG